CCAUAGUUGGUGGAGGAAAGGAAACGAAGACGAUAGCCACAACGUGUAGAUGACCAUCCAUAAAAAUUCCACCCCAGUACCUCCGCCCUCUUAAAUUUCUAAACGUCGAAAUCCCAACCCUAAUCACAACACAUUAACGAUAAAGAAGAAAUGGCUUCCUUGACGAUUCGUUCGCCGUCCAAAUCCUCUUCGUCUCUGUCUUCUUCUUCUCUCUUCACUCGUGCUUCUCUUAGUCCGAAAAGCUUCUCUUUCAAUUUGUCUAGCCCCCGUAUCUGCGCUUCGAAUAGCUUGUACAAGAAAUGUGAACUGCAUCAACCAGUGAAUCAUGGAAAUGGGAAACCAAGGAAUCCAAUCCUUAAUGAAAGGAUGUUGCCCAAGUUCGUCGAUUCAACUAGAAUGGAUACAACUGCCACCAGAAAUGGUGCUAAGCUCAAAUUGUUUUCGGGCACAGCCAACCCUGCACUUUCUCAGGAAAUUGCUUGGUACAUGGGCCUGGAACUGGGACAGAUCAACAUAAAGAGGUUUGCUGAUGGGGAAAUAUAUGUUCAGUUGCAAGAGAGUGUUAGAGGAUGUGAUGUGUAUAUAGUGCAACCAACAUGCCCUCCUGCAAAUGAGAAUCUUAUGGAGCUUCUCAUUAUGAUCGAUGCUUGUCGGAGAGCGUCAGCCAAAACUAUAACUGCAGUGAUUCCGUAUUUCGGUUAUGCCAGAGCUGAUAGAAAGACCCAAGGGCGUGAAUCCAUUGCAGCCAAACUAGUUGCAAAUCUUAUCACAGAAGCUGGUGCAAACCGUGUUCUUGCUUGUGAUCUUCAUUCUGGGCAGUCCAUGGGUUAUUUUGAUAUCUCAGUGGACCAUGUGCACUGCCAGCCUGUGGUUCUUGAUUAUCUUGCCAGCAAGAGAAUUUGUUCUGAUGACUUGGUAGUGGUCUCACCUGAUGUUGGUGGAGUUGCAAGAGCGCGUGCUUUUGCAAAAAAACUAUCAGAUGCACCCUUAGCCAUUGUGGAUAAAAGGCGCCAUGCACACAAUGUUGCAGAGGUAAUGAACCUUAUCGGUGACGUCAAAGGAAAAGUUGCAGUUAUGGUGGACGACAUGAUCGACACUGCUGGAACCAUUGCGAAGGGGGCUUCACUUUUACACCAAGAGGGGGCAAGGGAAGUUUAUGCAUGCUGUACUCAUGCAGUUUUCAGUCCUCCGGCAAUAGAGAGGUUAUCAGGCGGACUAUUUCAAGAAGUAAUCAUAACAAACACACUGCCAGUAGCAGAGAAGAAUUACUUCCCUCAGCUGACCGUUCUUUCGGUUGCGAACCUGUUGGGUGAAACCAUCUGGCGUGUUCAUGAUGAUUGUUCUGUCAGUAGCAUUUUUCAGUGACAAACCCCAAAGGUGUUUUCAAAUUUAUGCAGGUUUUUGCAGAUAAUGCAAUUUAGUCCUUUGGCCUGUGGGACUGGCUGGGCACCAGUGCUGAAAAGGGACGUUUUUGAUCACAUAGGAAUAAACUUUAGUCCUAGGGGGGAUGGUGAAUCAACACGUGCGUCUCAUAUCUCGUUCUCUCUCUCUCUCUCUCUCUCUCACACACACACAUCUGCAUAAUCUUGCUUCUCCUAGUUUUAUUUUUAAAAUUCUUUUAGCUAAAUUUACUUUUA